UAAAAAAAAAAUAUUUAAUCUGAAAAUAGGGUAUGUUAGCAUCAUCAUCAACAAGUGAAGGAGACAGUUGCAGAAAGAGAAAUCAAUCGCAUGGCCGAGGAAGGGAAACCCGAUGCCCAGCUCUUUCAGCUUCUCUCCAAUCUUCUCCUUCAGGUAGAAGCACUGACGAAUCAAGAAGAAGUUGAACUGCGUUCUAAAAUUGAAACUCUUGGAUUAGAGGUCACGAAAGUUCCUUCAAAGUCAACCAAACAGCUUGACGAGUUGGAAAUAGCAAAGGAGUUGGAUAGACUAUCAGCAAAAUUGGAUGAUGUUGAUGAGAUGAUAUCAUCCACCAUGGCUACUGAUCCUCAGGUGCAGUCCCUCUUGAGUAGUACAGCUGAUGUGUGGAUGCCAGUCAUCACUGCUAACUCCGAGGAAAGACGUAAAUUUACAGCAUCUCCCGGAGACAACAACACCCAAACAGAUGCAGAAAACUCUAAAUAAAUUCAUAUUUUCUUAUUGUUGAAUAUAUGGAUAUGAUGUUAGUGCUUUGUAUUGUUUCAAUAAACUGAUACGAUACCCAUAAAGAAAGUGCUGCACUUUACUUUUUUUUAUUGACAUAGUGCAAAAGAUAAAAAAGAGGAUCUCUUCUACAUAGCAGCUUAGUGCAUGUUUGGUUUGGUAGUAAGAGUGACAAAAUUACGACGAGUCACCGUGUUUUUGGCAAAAACUACACUUUGAUACUUCAACAGGAUCACCGAUCUGAUAUUGCCAAACUAA